AUGCAGGAGAACAUCGCCGCUGACCCCUCGGAUUGGAGGCGGAUCCAUGGAGCUCUGGCCUUGUUCGAGGCUUUGGCGGCCGAGGGCAGCGCUUUGGUGGGGAGGUCCUGGUUCGAGGUGAAGAUGCAAGGUCGUUUGAAGGACCUGCAGACCUUUCGCUACGAUGCGGACCCGCGUGUGGCAGGGCUGGUGCAGCGCGCAGCUGCUUCUGCCAACAGUGCAGCAGAGAAGCUGAACUGGGAGGAUGACGGUGUCUUCGCAGAUGAGGCACCCGAAACUUCUGCUUCGGACAAAGUUCCGGAGAUCCCACCGGAGUGGACGGGAGGUGCGGAGGACGCAGUGCCCACUGUGAUCGGCCGCACAGACGGCGUCAAGGCCAAGGCUCCGAAGCCAGCAAAGCCCGAACAAGACGAGGAUCCGCGGGGGUGA